AGAAAAGCAACAUUGCCAGGAAAACAAUCACUAUUAAAGACAGGUUGAAAAGAAAAAGAAACAUUGCCAGGAAAACAAUCACUAUUAAAGACCGGUUGAAAAGGAAAGCAACACAGGAUAUUGUCUUCCACCCUAACAAACUGAACAGGCCAUCUCCAUCAGUGCCAUCCAAGACCAAGGAGCAUGCCUUUGACUUUAGCCGUUUAACAGGAGAUAUGGUGGACAAGGUCCAGCGUCUGGUGGAGAAAAUCUGGUCAGGUUGCUAUGCUAACCUAUUGCCAAACACAACUCUCUCAUCUCCAUCCUCUACCGACUCUCCUGCACAAACUUUCACCUCUCCUAUUGACUUCGCUCUUUCUACUCUGAUGCGACUGACUUCCCCCUCUGUCACACCUUCCUCCACUAUCAGACCCACGCCUACUCCUGUCUAUUCACCCCCACCUGUGUUUCCUGUUCUCUCCCCCACCUCGGAUCUCCCUUCAGAUAACCAACCGCCACCCUUUCUAUCACUGUUAACAUCCUCAGACUUUUCCGUCAACUUACCCACCUCUGACUGCCCUACUGUCUUUAACAUGGAUAGGUGUGAACUAACCCCCGGCUCGCCCACUGAUCCUCUUCCCUUCUCUGUAACUCCUCCAACCAGCGACCAUGGAAUUCUCCCCAACAAUGGACCUUCCCAUGGCCUAGAUAUAUUCUUAGCCAAGUUUGACUUCUCGACCACGUUCGAAGACUUGAAUCAGAGGUAUUCAUUUAUUAUAUUCAUUAAAAAAUGGAUAUAAUAAAUGAAUAUUAUAAAUAUAUAAUAUGUGUUAACGAAAAAAAAGAUUCAUUUGAGACUUUUCUUGUUCAAUUUUUCGAACUUCCUUUACAAUAGAAAACAUACAUAUUUUUCCGAUGUCCUGUGGACGGUCUUGAAUGCAAGCAUGUUUGUGAAAGUGACCCGAACAAUCGCCCCCUAGUCGAAACCAGGUCGUUUGGGACUCAGACAGAUGUAGAACCUCGGUUGAGACCCGAACCAGAGCCUGUACAGAGCCUGUCUACCCCCCAUAACCCAACAGACAAGGAUGCCAGCCCGUCGCCCGUGUACUUACCUUUACCGAAAUUCACUGACGUCAGGUUCUGGCAACUGAGGCCUUGUCAGCUCAACGAUGACAAAGUCACACCUCGACGCCUCGCAACACUGAUUGAAGACAUUAUAGACAGAUCACCUAAGCCUGGUAUUGCCACUGACGGGCCAGAGCUGGCAAAGAUUUUGAAAGUUUCGCAUGGGCUUGCCCAUAUUGCCAACAAUUUGUUGUUUGCCGGUUUCAGUUUGGGGGAACUGUACGGCUGGAAUGCUUCCGGCAUAAACUUUGGUGGCUGACACAAAGAACCCCUAAACGAAGUUAAGAUGAAGAGGAUCGUCGAUGUUGUGCGGCUGCA